GGUUCAGACCUGGUUCAGACCUCAGACAGACUGCCAUUUUACCUUGUAAGAGCUAACAUUAGCCAGCUCUGAGAAGUGACAGUCCUCUGGAUCACAUAGUGCUCAGCUGAGUUUCCACGAGUACUGUUUAGAUCACGUUACAGGACGAGCACACAUCCUGAAACGACUCACUGUCUCAAGCACAGGUGACAUAAAGAGCCGCACAGAGCAAGGUGUGAACCUGUGGAUGGAAAGCCUGGAACCUGAAAUCCUCUAUGUGUCUCCGGAGCAGACUGGGCAGCCCACGCUCCCCCUCCCUGACUCAGAGGGCUCCACCUUGGCGCUAGGGGGAUUGGUCAGUGAGGAGGACUUGUUUUUGGGCAGCUGUUUGUGCCAUCACAGUCUCCAUGAUGCGUGGGUUCUACAUGGGAUGGCUGUCUAUGGGAAGAAGAUGAAUGGGUCUCUGGAGCAUCCCGACCAACCAGACAUUGAUGCAAUUAAGAUGUUUGUAGGCCAGAUUCCACGGUCCUGGUCCGAGGAGCAGCUUCGAGAGCUAUUUGAGCCUUAUGGAGCAGUCUAUGAGAUAAAUGUUCUGAGAGACCGCAGCCAGAAUCCCCCACAGAGCAAAGGCUGCUGCUUUAUAACCUACUAUACUCGCAAAUCAGCCUUGGAAGCACAGAACGCUCUGCACAACAUGAAGAUCCUUCCAGGGAUGCACCACCCAAUCCAGAUGAAGCCGGCUGACAGUGAGAAAAACAAUGCAGUGGAGGACAGAAAGCUGUUCAUUGGAAUGAUCUCAAAGAAGUGUAAUGAGAACGACAUCCGGCUGAUGUUCUCCUCGUACGGACAGAUAGAGGAAUGUCGCAUACUUCGAGGCCCUGAUGGACUCAGUCGUGGGUGUGCAUUUGUGACUUUCACAGCCAGACAAAUGGCCCAGUCUGCCAUCAAGUCCAUGCAUCAGUCCCAGACUAUGGAGGGAUGUUCAUCACCCAUCGUGGUAAAGUUUGCAGACACUCAGAAGGACAAAGAGCAGAAGCGCAUGGCCCAGCAGCUGCAGCAGCAGAUGCAGCAGCUCAGUGCUGCAUCCAUGUGGGGAAAUCUCACUGGGCUCAACAGCCUCGGCCCACAGUACCUUGCACUCUACCUACAGCUGCUGCAGCAGUCAGCUUCUUCAGGGAACGCACUCAACAACCUGCACCCUGUUUCAGGUCUUCAUGCAAUGCAGAACCUGGCUGCCUUAGCAGCAGCAGCGACUGCCACACAGGGCUCAACCGGCGGCUCCAAUGCCAUGACGACAUCUAGUAGCCCACUAAGUGCACUAACAAGUUCAGGCUCAUCCCCAACCUCCAGCAGCAACUCCUCAGCUAACACCAUGGCGUCUUUGGGGGCGCUGCAGUCUCUGGCUGCCGGUGCUGGAGCAGGCCUCAACAUGGGCUCCCUGGCAGGCAUGGCAGCCCUGAAUGGCAGCCUUAGCUCUGGAGGCUUGUCCAAUGGCUCGGGAAGCACCAUGGAGGCUCUGAGCCAGGCCUACUCAGGCAUCCAGCAAUACGCUGCUGCUGCCCUCCCCAGCCUGUACAACCAGAGCCUGCUGUCUCAGCAGAGCAUCUCAGCGGCAGGCAGCCAAAAGGAAGGUCCAGAGGGUGCCAAUUUAUUCAUUUACCACCUGCCGCAGGAGUUUGGGGACCAGGACCUGCUCCAGAUGUUUAUGCCCUUUGGAAACGUCAUCUCAGCUAAAGUCUUCAUCGACAAACAGACAAACCUCAGCAAGUGUUUCGGAUUUGUGAGUUAUGACAACCCAGUGUCCUCCCAGGCAGCCAUCCAGUCAAUGAACGGUUUCCAGAUCGGUAUGAAGAGGCUGAAGGUGCAGCUGAAGCGCUCAAAGAAUGACAGCAAGCCCUACUGAUGGUGCUGAGGCACUGCAGACUUAGUUAGACAGGGUGGUGUUAUGGUAAGUGGAGUUUGAGACCAGUCCAGUCGGAACAAGUCUGUGUGUGGGGGUUGAGGAGGCUGCACUGCUUCUCCUGGUCAUUACUGUAACAUGUCCAGGCAUAGAGACACUUGAAUCUAUAUGCAAGAUUUUUCAAGCGAGACUGGAUAUCUUCUGUGUUUUGUGUGGUUAAUGCACUUUGUUAUCGUUAGAACAAAUAAGAUAAACAGGUGUUUUUUUAUUUAAGUUGAAAUGUUAUCAGUUUGCUGUGGUACAUAGUGCACACAUGGGUUGAUUGUUAGGAUGUGUUGCAUAUUGACAUUCAGGAGUCGGGUUCAUCUGUUGUUCUCCCUGUUCAUCAUCCUGUGCACCACUCAGACCCAGAGCCAAGGUCUGGAAAAUACAGAGCUCCCCCAGAUAGGGAAACCUAAAUCAGUAUCACGGUUUCUCGUACAUCUUUACAAAGUGAAAUCUGUGCUGCUUCCUACUUAUGUAUGAGGUAUCUGCACUUUCUUUCAAACUAAAGCCAAUGGAUGAAGUAUCACCAAGAUUAGUUCAGGGUAAGGUAAAGACGCCUCAAGGUGCCCCACCAAAUGACACAUUAGUCCUCACUCCAUUUCCACUUCAUAGAUACAUGAAAAAAUACACUAAAGGAUUGUGACAUCAUCUGGAUCCAUAUGACAUUAUUCCCUGCAUGCAGAUAAUUGAGGUUUUUGUCUUAAUCUUUCGGCCAGUAAGAAUCACAUUUCUAAACAGUUUAAACUGAUUUCAGUGGCUCCCUAAUAACCGGUAAUUUAGUAUACAUUUGUGUAUUUUAAGGACAGAGCAGUUGAUGCCUCUACAGGCUCUUGACUAUCACAGGGAGGCUGUUGAGCCGCUGCCCUCCUCUGUCAAACUAAAAGUAAAUUUUCACAUCAUAUAGAACUAAAAUCAAGAUUUAUUUUGCUUAGAAUUAACAACUUUAAAACAAAAGGACGACCCCAUGUAACUGGACAAAAGUAACAGACUCACCUAGGGAGCCACAGUUAAGUAAACAGUUAAAAGCAGAUUUGGUGGUGGGCCUGAUGCACUUUUUACAGGUAGAGGGGGUUGGAUAUGGGAAUCUGUCAGCAUAAGUGAUUGUUACAGCAAAAAUUGGCAAUAAAAUCAUCCCACAGUCACUGUUUUGCUAGCUCGUGGCUAGCUAGUUUAUCGAGGGCUACACUACAAUGUCUCUCACUUGAAGACCUUCUGUGAUUGGAGAUUUAUACACAUGCCAAAUUGCUCAAGACAAAACUGUUAGUUGCAUAGAAAUCAUCUGUUUUUAUAGAGCUUGGAAGCGAGACAAUGAGAUGUAUAUUUAAACUAUGAUGCCUUUUCUAUUUUUAUAUAGGUUUUAUACUUCCCCAUGUGUCGGGGAACUAUUUAUUGCCUAAAUUAUUUAUCUGAACUGAAAUUAUUUUGACGGACAAAUGUAAAGUGUAACAACUCUGUUUGCUAUCCGUGUGUGUGUACUCUCCUUGCUUGUUAAGUGUUAUUUCUUUUGGUGAAGUGUUCUCCCGGUCACUGCUGCAUGGACUGUGUGUAGGACCCAUCAGAGCUGCUGCAGACUUCAAAGAAUGCCUUUUCCUGGUCUAGUAGUAGGACCUGGGUACUGUUUUUCUUUUCUUUUUUGGCUCUGUACAAAGGAUGUGUUGACUGUUUGAAGAAUAUGACAAAACUUGUGCUUUAAAAUUGUAGAGGCUUUCAGAAAGGCAGAGGGUGUAUGACGAACUGUGAGAUGGAAUAUGUAGAAAGACGACGUUAACAUCCCUUUGGUACAAAACAUUUCUACUCCGUGAGACAUUAUCAGCUGCUGUGGGCCUGUCCCAGACAAAUCAGUGUCAGCAGAUAUGUUUUAAAGUGUGUGCCUAUAUCAAAGAUUUUUUUACUGAACAUUAAAUGCAAAAAAAAAACAACAA